AUGUCUGUACCAUCACAGCAACGCGCCGCAGUCUGCCAAGGUCUCGGCCCAGAUGCAAAAGCCCCCAUCAAAACUAUUGAUGUCGCCAAGCCAGGCCCGGGCCAGAUCCUCGUCAAGAUCAACUGGACAGGCCUCUGCGGCUCUGACAAAUCUCUUCUUCGCAACGAAUGGAAAGACUUUGGCCUUAGUAUGAAGGACGUCUGCAAAGGCAUAGCCGGUCAUGAAGGAGCCGGCAACGUCGUGGCUGUCGGUGAGGGCAUGGAUCAACAGUGGAAGAUCGGUGAUCGCGCGGGUAUUAAGUGGAUUGCGAGUAUCUGUGGCGAGUGUGACUUUUGCAGAGUUGGUUCUGAUGAAGUUCACUGUCCUCACCAGACUAACAGCGGCUUUUCUGCCGCGGGAACGUUCCAGGAGUAUGUUGUGGCAGAUGGGAGAUAUACUUCUAGAAUACCAGAUGGUGUUUUGGAUGAGGAGGCGGGACCCAUUAUGUGUGGAGGCGUAACAGCUUACACAGCUUGCAAACGUUCCGGUGUUGCUCCCGGACAGUGGAUUGUUCUCCCAGGUGCCGGUGGUGGUAUUGGCCACUUUGCUAUCCAAUAUGCCAAAGCCAUGGGCAUGCGAGUCAUUGCCAUCGACGGUGGAGAUGAGAAACGAGAUUUAUGUCUGAGGCUUGGCGCAGAGGUCUUCAUUGACUUCAAAACCACCAAUGACAUCCCGGCUGAGGUUAUGAAGAUCACUAAAUAUGGCGCUCACGGCGUUAUCGUAACGGCUGCUACCCGAGCGGCAUACGAGAGCGCGCCUAAUUUCCUCCGACCUAACGGAACUGUCGUCGCGGUGGGUCUUCCUCAGGAUCCUACUAUCAUCGCUGGUGCGCCACCUAUAGCUGUUGCGCUGCGGCGUUUAAAGAUUGUGGGUAGUGUCACUGGUAGUAUGAAGGAUGUUGAGGAGGCUCUCGACUUUACCGCCAGAGGCCUUGUUCGUCCAAUUUUGUCAAAGGGUAAGCUGGAGGAUCUUGAUGAGUGGAUCAAUAAACUGGCGACUGGCCAGGUUGCGGGCCGUUGUGUUCUUCAAGUUUCUGCUUGA